AUGUGGCUGUUGCUCCUCUCCGUCUUGCUCCUCUCUCAAUAUUCCCAAUGCUCCCCCAUCGAAUUGCUCGUCACACAUGAGACCGAGGAGCCCCAGCAAAAGGCGCCGGAUCAGCUGAUUUUUGUCAAUGCUUUAUGGCGACACGGCAAUCGGGCCCCGGAUCGCCUAUCGAAUAACACGCUGUCAUGGGUGCCCUCAAAGCCU